AAGGCGGCUGGUGAGCAGAAACUGCCGAGGGCCCCCCCACCCUCGCUGUGCCAGGCAGGCAGUGCCAAAUCCGGGGAGCCCGGAGCUGGGGGGAGGGCCGGGGACAGCCCGGCCCUGCCCCCUCCCCCACGGGGUGCCCAGCAACUUCUGAGGAAAGUUUGGCGUCAAUGUCGUGGUGGUGCCCCAGGAUGGGCAGAAUCCCGCUGGCCUGGUGCUUGGCGCUGUGCUGCUGGGGGUGCAUGGCCCCCAAAGGCACACAGGCGGAAGCAGACCCCUUUGUGGCAAGCCCAGGGAACAUCACAGGUGCCCGGGGACUCAUGGGAACCCUUCAGUGUGAGCUCCAAGUUCAAGGAGAGCCCCCCGAGGUGACCUGGCUUCGGGACAGACAGAUCUUAGAGCUGGCGGAGAGCACUCAGACCCAGGUGCCCCUGGGCGAAGACGGGGAGGACGACUGGAAAGUAGUCAGCCAACUCAGAAUCUUCUCCCUACAACUUUCAGACGUGGGGCAGUACCAGUGUAUGAUUGUCCUAGGAGGACAGACCUUCGUGUCCCAGCCUGGCUACGUUGGGCUAGAGGGCCUGCCUUACUUCUUGGAGGAGCCUGAGGACAGGACUGUGGCUGCCAACACCCCCUUUAACCUAACCUGUCAAGCCCAAGGACCCCCAGAACCUGUUGACCUACUCUGGCUCCAGGAUGCUGUACCCCUGGCCACAGCCCCGGGCCAAGGCCCCCAGCACAGCCUGUAUGUUCCAGGCCUGAACAAGACAUCCUCUUUUUCCUGUGAAGCGCAUAACGCCAAGGGGGUCACCACAUCCCGCACAGCUACCAUCACAGUGCUCCCCCAGAGACCCCGCAACCUCCACCUGGUUUCCCGCCAACCCACGGAGCUGGAGGUGGCUUGGACCCCAGGCCUGAGUGGCAUCUACUCUCUCACCCACUGCACCCUGCAGGCUGUGCAGUCAGACGAUGGGGUGGGCACCUGGCUGGGAGAGCCAGAUCCCCCGGAGGAGCCCCUCAACUUGCAAGCAUCCGUGCCCCCACACCAACUUCGGCUGGGCAGCCUCCAUCCCCACACCCCUUACCACAUACGUGUGGCAUGUGCUAGCAACCAGGGUCCCUCAUCCUGGACCCACUGGCUUCCCGUGGAGACGCCGGAGGGAGUGCCCCUGGGCCCCCCCGAGAAUGUUAGUGCCGUGCGGAAUGGGAGCCAGGCCUUCGUGCAUUGGCAGGAGCCAAGGGCGCCCCUGCAGGGCACCCUGUUAGGGUACCGGCUGGCAUAUCGAGGCCAGGACACCCCUGAGGUGCUCAUGGAUAUAGGGCUAAAACGAGAGGUGACCCUGGAGCUGCGGGGAGAUGGGCCUGUGCCCAACCUGACAGUGUGUGUGGCUGCCUACACCGCUGCUGGGGAUGGGCCCUGGAGCCUCCCCGUGCCCUUGGAGCCCUGGCACCCAGGGCAAGGACAGCCAGUUCACCAGCUGGUGAGUGAACCCCCAGCUCCUGCCUUCUCAUGGCCCUGGUGGUAUGUACUGCUGGGAGCAGUUGUGGCCGCUGCCUGUGUCCUCGUCUUGGCCCUAUUCCUUGUCCAUCGGCGGAAAAAGGAGACUCGUUAUGGAGAAGUGUUUGAGCCAACAAUGGAAAGAGGAGAACUGGUCGUCAGGUACCGUGUGCGCAAAUCUUACAGUCGCCGGACCACUGAAGCCACCUUGAACAGUCUGGGCAUCAGUGAAGAGCUGAAGGAGAAGCUGCGGGACGUGAUGGUGGACCGACAUAAGGUGGCCCUGGGGAAGACCCUGGGAGAAGGAGAAUUUGGAGCUGUGAUGGAGGGCCAGCUCAACCAGGAUGACUCCAUCCUCAAGGUGGCUGUGAAGACGAUGAAGAUUGCUAUCUGCACAAGGUCAGAGCUGGAGGAUUUCCUGAGUGAAGCUGUCUGCAUGAAGGAAUUCGAUCACCCCAACGUCAUGAGGCUCCUCGGCGUCUGUUUUCAGGGCUGUGAACGAGAGGGCUUCCCGGCACCUGUGGUCAUCUUGCCUUUCAUGAAACAUGGAGAUCUGCACAGUUUCCUCCUCUAUUCCCGGCUUGGGGACCAGCCAGUGUUCCUGCCCACUCAGAUGCUAGUGAAGUUCAUGGCGGACAUCGCCAGUGGCAUGGAAUACCUGAGUACCAAGAGAUUUAUACACCGGGACCUGGCUGCCAGGAACUGCAUGCUGAAUGAGAAUAUGUCCGUGUGUGUGGCGGAUUUUGGGCUCUCUAAGAAGAUCUACAACGGGGACUACUACCGCCAGGGACGCAUUGCCAAGAUGCCAGUCAAGUGGAUUGCCAUUGAGAGCCUGGCUGACCGCGUCUACACCAGCAAGAGCGAUGUGUGGUCCUUUGGGGUGACAAUGUGGGAGAUUGCCACACGGGGCCAGACCCCGUAUCCAGGAGUGGAGAACAGUGAGAUUUAUGACUACCUGCGCCAGGGAAAUCGUCUGAAACAGCCUGUGGACUGCCUGGAUGGACUGUAUGCCCUGAUGUCCAGGUGCUGGGAGCUAAACCCCCGGGACCGGCCGAGUUUUACAGAGCUGCGGGAAGACCUGGAGAACACCCUGAAGGCCCUGCCCCCUGCCCAGGAGCCCGAUGAAAUCCUCUAUGUCAACAUGGAUGAGGGUGGAGGUCAUCCUGAGCCCCUUGGAGCUGCCGGAGGAGCUGACCCCCCAGCCCAGCCUGACCCGAAGGAUUCCUGUAGCUGCCUCACCGCGGCCGAGGUCCAUCCUGACAGACGCUAUGUCCUCUGCCCUUCCACAGCCCCUGGCCCCACUCUGCCUGCUGACAGGGGCUCCCCAGCAGCCCCAGGGCAGGAGGAUGGCGCCUGAGACAACCCUUCACCUGGAACUCCCUCUCAGGACCCAAGCUAGGCACUGCCACUGGGGGAAACUCCAUGCCCCCCACUUUUCCACUCCAGGCCUUAUCCCCAACUGACCCCCUGUCUUCCUGCCAUCUCCAUCCCAGACACAUUCUUCCCCUCCUCUGUGCUGUAGCAUCACCAGCUGUAAAAGGAGGGGGUUGGACUGUAAUCUUAAAGAGUCCUCCCAGGUCCAACAUUCCAAGAUUCUAAGGCUUAAAGUGUCUAGAUUCAAAGGUACUAGGUUUCCAAGAUGCUGAGUCUUUGAUUCUAAGGACCUGAAAUUCCAAAGUCUGUCGUUCUAAAGUGCUCACAUUCUAGAAUGGAAGUUCUAAGGCCUACUAUUCUGAGGCUCUGAGAUUCUGUGGCUAUAGAUUUUCUGGUUCUAAGAUUUUUGAUAAGACCCCAAGAUUUUAGGCUCUAAAGCUCUAAGAUUCUAGUUCUAGGACUCAAGACUCUAUGAGUCUAGAUUUUUAUUUUUCUAGGGUUCCAAGUCCUUAAGGUGUAAGAGUCUAGAUUCUACAAUCCUAAAGAUUCUAUAAUUCUAGACAUGGAGGUUCUAAGGCCUACUGCUCUAAAAUUCUAUGUUCUAAGGCUCUUAGAGCCUAGAUCCUCUGGCUGUAAGACUCUAGAUCAUAAAGCUUCAAAAUUUUAUCGUCUCAAGUUCUAAGGUUCUAAUAAUGGUCAGUUAUAGUUUCUGAGGCUUUAUGAUUAUAGAUUCUCUUGUAUGAGAUCCUGGAUCCUAAGGGUCUAAGAUUCUAGAAUAUGCAAUUUAAAAGUUCUAAGAGUGUAAAGAUGAGGGUUCUAAGGUCUAAUGUUCUAAGGUGUGAUAUUCUAAGACUUAGUCUAAGAAUCUAGGUUCUCUGUGUCUAAGAUUCUAGAUCAGAUGCUCCAAGAUUCUAGAUUAUUAAACUCAAAGAUUCUAAUAUUGGUCUGUUCUGUUUCUAGGCACUCUAGAUUGUAUCAAUCCAAGAUUUUGCAUCCUAAGCAUCUAAGUUACAAGACUCUUUCACUCAGUUGUGACUAACCAGACACCAAAGUUCUAGCCAUUUCUGAUGUUGGACACCUUUAGGUUCUAUGCUGCAUUCUGCCUUUCUAGGAUCACAGUUAAGUGUCCAAGAAUCCACAUUUGUAAAAUCUUAAAGUCUAGGCACUGUAGUUCUAAGACUCAAGUGUUGCAAGCUUCCAAAAUUCUAAAGGUCCACAGGUCUAGAAUAUUAGGUACAAUGCCAAGGUUUUAACCUUAUUCUGCAGUAUACUGCUGUGUGUCCCUACCCUUCUUAGCCACCUUUGCUUCCUCCUCCCCUCAUGUUGGGGUGUGCACCCCCAAAGCCUGUGCAAUGCAUUAGGGAAGCCUCCUUUCCCCCAGGAAAUGGAGGAACUCCCUCUUUUUGGGCCAUGCUGCCCCCCUGAGCCAAUCCCUCACCCCCCGAGUACAGAGUAUGGACUCUGGUGCCUCCGGAGGGGCUCAGGUCACAUAAAACUUUGUAAUCA